AUGGGAGUCGUAGGGGUGGAGAACUGGCGGGCGGGUCGACCUCCUUCACAAUCAGGACAGAAAAAGAGAACGCCCGGUUGGGUAGUCGACCCGAGUACCACCGUGUGGAAGAGUGGCAGCAGAUCCGACUACCCUACAAGAGGAAUUUCAUUACCCACCCUCUCACCCACCCACACACAUACAUGCACACACACAAGGUAUCUAGACCUAGUGAACAAAAACGCUCGUGCGCACAAGCCGCUACUGGGUGAAUGUACAUAUUAUAAAAUGCCGCAGUACUGCCAGCCUUUCCGACAGCCUACUGACUCGGCAACUGGCAAAUCAGAUUCUGGAGAGCAGGCAUCUGCCAAACUCUGGUGUAUCAGAGCCCUUUUUCCUGUCAAACGAUGCCGGAUUGUGGGUCAUGGCGCCUUGACAGGUAUGACAGCCCAUCCGACGACAUGA